AUGGCAAGAGGGAUGCCAGGUUAUCGACCCGAGCAGGGAAGAUUGGAGGCCAAGGCCCCUUUUAGCAGAAGCGAUUUAGAAUACCUCCGCCAUAUUUUACUGGCCCGGGUAAGCCGUCUGGACGACUACUUAACGGCCCGGGAUGGGUUAGCUAAGGCUAGACAAGCCCUCGAGGAGGAGGUCGAGGCCUCGGACCCCUCUAAGAUCAAAGCGUCCACAGACGAUACCCCUGGGACUGCAAGGCCUAUGGUCGAGGGCCCCGACGACCUUUUCUUUGGACACGAGGCCGACGACGACUCCACGUUGGGAAUCUCCGAUGAGGAAUACGAGGGGAUCCUCGGGAUGGUUGAGAAAAAAACCCUCGCCAGUGGCAGCUAUGAGGCUAAAGAGGAAGCUGGUGGGGGAAACCAGCAGGAGCCAAAGGAGGUCAGCAUGAACAUGGUCUUGGUGCUACCGUCCGAGUUUUCAGUCCCAGAAGGCCAGACUAACGACCUGGAUAAUGACGUGGCCAAGGAGCAGCUUGAUCAAAAGCCAAAAACAAAGGAAGAGUUGUUGGCCGUGGCUUUUAACGAAGUAAUACCCAGAGACGGGCCAAACAAAUACCGACACCUCAAGCCGUUGUACAUCUCGGCUCAUGUAGAGAGUGUGCCCGUGUCCAAGGUCUUCGUUGACUGUGGGGCGACGGUCAACAUCCUUCCCUAUUCCCUGAUGAAGAAGCUGGACAAGUGA